CCCAAAUUGUGAGCCUAGCCCUCCAUCUGAAAAUUCUUCAGGCACUUCGAAUUGAAGAUCAGCUCCAAACCUAUCCUUCCUUUAUCAAAACCGAAUUCGUCGAGGAAAUGAGUACAACGAUUUACAUGUUGUUGCGUCAUGGAUGUGGAGAAAUGGUUCUCUCUAUGUUUGAAAUCAAGAUCCCAAAAGAUGAAACAGCGGAACCUCAUCAUCUCUCUGCGAUUCUUGAAUUUUCGGAACGAGAAUAUCCCAGAGGAAUGUGCUCCGUGCAGUUGGGGUCUGAAUUCUACUUUCUUGGUGGGGAACACGACUUGGAGGAUCCCAGGGCUCCUUUUGAUCAAUGGUUCCCAAAAGACGUGUAUAUCUUUGACCCUAUUGACAGCAAAGGUUCGAUGAAAAGGGGUGUGUCUAUGAACACCGGAAAAGUUGAUCCAUGUGCAGUUGUGGCUGAUGGUAAGAUUUUUGUUCUUAGUAGCAGCAUUGCUGUUGACUUCACUCUACCUUGUUAUAACGAGAAAGGGAUGCCCGUCGAUAAUUCUAUCAGAUUCUUUGAAUGCUUUGAUCCUGAGAGCGAUAAAUGGAUGGUUCUUGAUGAUCCGCCAAUAGAUAUUCCGAUCUGGAGGCACUUCUCCUUUGUUGGCGGAAGGUUUAUUUUCUUUGUUGGCAGUGAUGCGGACCAUUUCAGGGUACUUUCAGUCUUCAAUCUGGACACCUUAGAAUGGACAUCCUCGACGAAGUUGGAGAAAGAGAAGAUUACCGCUGACGAUUUUCUCACUUUUACUGCAGUUGGGGAAGAUAGCAGCGACAAAUACCUUUAUGGUUUGCAUGGACUUCUCCACAACCGUAUCUUAAGGGAGAGAAGCAUGAGAGCAUGAAGAGGAAACAAGAAGAUAGCUGGAAGCAUGAGAGCAUGAAGAGAAACAAGAAGAUAACUGGAAGCAUGAGAGCAUGAAGAGGAAACAAGAAGAUAACUGACAAAGUAAGAUAAGAUUAUUGUUUGUUUCCUUCUUGCCUUCCUCUUUGUUAGGGUUUGAAUCCCAUAUGAGGCAGUUAUAGGUAACUGGGAAAGAAAAGAAUCAGGAAGAAAAGAAAUAGAGAAUUUAGAGAGAGUUAAUAGCAGAGAUAGAGAGAAGAAAGAAUUAGAGAGAUGAGAACUUCAGUUAUCAUUUCAAGUGUUCUUUCUACUUAU